GACCUUCCAUUUAUCUAUAUAAACCCACUUUUAUAUCACAAGCAUUGAGCUAUGCAUAAACCCAUUUCACCUUCUCCUCCCUCUCCUAAUACAAAAAUGAGCAGUUCCAAUCUUUGUAAUGCUAUGUUAACAACACUAACCAUCUUGUUUUCUUGGUGUUCUACCUUGGAAACAUGCAAUGCAAGGGCAGGAAAUCAGUGGGGGCAAAGUGAAGGAUUUCCAGCUUAUGCCUUUCCCAUGACAGGGAGAGGGCCUGAAACUAUACCAACACAACAAGUAGACAACUCUGCAACAUUCAAUAUAUUGGACUACGGUGGUAAAGGUGAUGGCCAGACCGAUGAUACCAAGGCAUUUGUGGCAGCGUGGGCACUUGCCUGUAAAGUCGAGGGAUCGAUUCUGGCUGUUCCAUCAGGGUCUGUGUUUCUUGUCCAACCCAUUUCCUUCUCAGGGCCCUGUGAACCAAACAUUGUUUUUCAGUUAGACGGCAAGAUCAUAGCUCCUACAAGUUCUGGAUCCUGGGGUUCAGGACUCUUACAGUGGCUUGUGUUCUCUGAGUUAAAAGGGAUUAAAGUCCAAGGCAAAGGUAUCAUCGACGGGCAAGGUUCAGUCUGGUGGAAUGAUUCACCCACAUAUAAUCUCCAGUCAGAGGACCCAUACAAUGAGCUCCGCAGCAAAAUGCCAAGCACCAAGCCAACAGCACUAAGAUUUUAUGGAAGUAAUGAUGUAACAGUCACAGGCAUAACACUGCAAAACAGUCCACAGACCCAUCUGAAAUUUGAUGAUUGCACAGGUGUCAAGGUUUACAGUAUAAGUGUUUCAUCUCCUGCUGACAGCCCUAACACAGAUGGAAUCCACCUACAGAACUCCAAAGAUGUGCUCAUUUAUAGCACCAAUCUUGCUUGUGGAGAUGAUUGUGUAUCUAUACAGACUGGAUGCUCAAACGUAUACAUACACAAUGUCAACUGUGGACCCGGACAUGGAAUUAGCAUUGGGGGGCUAGGCAAAGAUAACACAAAGGCUUGUGUUUCAAACAUCACUGUCAGAGAUGUCACCAUGCAGAAUACAUUAACCGGUGUCAGGAUAAAGACGUGGCAGGGAGGCUCAGGCUUAGUACAAGGAGUCAUGUUCUCUAAUAUUCAAGUUUCUGAAGUCGAAACUCCAAUCAUGAUUGACCAAUACUACUGUGACAAGAGCAAAUGCCGUAAUGAAUCUUCAGCUGUGGCAGUAUCAGGCAUAAACUACGCAAAUAUUAAAGGAACCUACACUAUAAAACCUGUAGACUUCGCUUGCAGUGACAGUGUGCCAUGCACAGACAUAUCUCUAGAUACCAUACAGCUAAAAGCAGUUCAAGAGAAUGAAAAUUCCAAUAAACCUUUCUGUUGGGAGGUAUAUGGAGACCUAAGAACUGCAACUGUCCCUCCAAUUGACUGUUUAGAGUCGGGCAAGACAUCCAUCGCUGGACCUCAUAAAACUCAGAACUCCUGCUGAGCUUAGCCAAAGCUUUUAUGCAUACACUUGAUCUGCGGAUGAGACAAUUUCUCCAACGUUACAUGAAGCGUAGCAUGUAUCAAAGUCUAUACCAAUUUAUGGCGAACCCUAAUUGUCUUGACAAUGAGAAAUCUUUGCUUGCUAGGGUUGUAGCGGGAUACCUAUAUAAAAUAGUAAUUUUCAACCCAUAGAAUGAAUCCGGCACAACUUUAUUCUUCACUAGUGUUCCCAAUACACUGCCAAUGCAAGAAAUCACAUUAA